CACCCCGUACAUCCCAGCGCGUGAGACCAGCGAGCGUUUGCGGUGGCGCGUGCGUUGUGGUUGCACGGCUCGCGAUUUCCAGACUUUCCCGCUUGCUCAGCGUUGAGAACGCGGCGAGGAUGGGGACGGCGACUGGGCAGCGUUUGUUCGUCUUCGUCUCGUUGCUGAUGCUGCUGCCUCCACCACCGCCUAGAGCUUUGGGGUUUGUUCCUUCUCUAGACAGCGACUUCACCUUCACGCUACCCGCCGGCCGGAAGGAGUGCUUCUUCCAGACUAUGAAGAAGGAGGCCAUGCUGGAGAUCGAGUACCAGGUUCUAGAUGGAGCAGGUUUAGAUGUGGAUUUUCACCUGGUAUCACCAAAACAUGAAACCAUAGUUUUUGAACAGAGAAAAUCAGAUGGUGUCCACACAGUGGAGACAGAGGAAGGUGAUUACAUGUUCUGCUUUGACAACACAUUUAGCACCCUAUCAGAGAAGGUGAUUUUCUUUGAACUGAUCUUAGAUAAAAUGGGAGAUGAAGAACAAGAUUGGAAAAAAUAUGUAACUGGAACAGAGCUUCUGGAUAUGAAGUUAGAAGAUAUUCUGGAAUCUGUCAACAGUGUAAAGGCUAGGCUUGGCAAAAGCAUUCAGAUUCAGAACCUGCUCAAAGCAUUUGAAGCUCGUGAUAGAAACAUACAAGAAAGCAAUUUUGACAGGGUAAACUUCUGGUCUGUGGUCAACCUGGCAGUAAUGGUUAUAGUGUCAGCUGUUCAGGUGUACAUGCUGAAGAGUCUUUUUGAAGAUAAAAGGAAAACUAGAACUUAAUAAAAGAGUUUCAUUUAGAGCAAUAAAUAGGGGAACUGCAAUACAUUGAUUAAGAAAGAGAGAUGGCUGUUACUUCUCAGUUGUUUGGAAUGGACAAUAACAUUCACAUAUGAUUUUUAAAAUUGUGAACAGAAUGGCUUUUCUCUGACUUGGUGCAUAAUUCGUCUCUGAGGCCAUUUGUCUUGCACAGAAUACUGGAGCAAUGUCAGAUUUUUAAUAUUUGUAAUUAUAUGUUUAUACUUUUUGCCUAACUUUUUAAAAAAAGUAAAUAAUUUGGUUCAUAACAUAAAGAUGUGUUUUCAGUAUUUAUGUGAUUUAAUGACCAGAGUUAAGUAGAAUAUGCUGAAAACAAGCAGUACUAUUGGUCUGUUUAAGUCAAGGUUCUUGUGAUUUAUUCGAACUAAGACAUUUUCAAAACUAAUGAAUAUUUGAAAGGCAUUGGUUCCAAACCCAAGCAGUUCAUAGACAUUAAUAUUCAAUGAGUGGAAUAAAAUCCAAGUCACUAAGUCUAUAAAGCAGAGUUGUUAUUGGUUCAGUGGUAUCAGCUACCUUUGUCCAAAUUAGGAAAUCAAUAUAGUGAAUCAAUCUUUACAAUAAUGGUUCAAAAGAGAAAUUAUAUAAUCUAAGUCCUGAAAGAAACAUUUGUUCAAAUACCAUACUUAAUUAUGUACUGAAAGCAAACUUUUCCUCUGGAUUAUUUAUGUAGAAUUUUAACUCUGGAGUGCCUGGACAUAACAGUCCUAUGCUGAGUUGAUGGGGAUAUUAAUGUGUAUUAGGACUGCUACUAGCAGCCCUGAAGUAAGAUGGUGCUGCUUUAAGAAUCAUGCUCAUUAAAGUUAAUACAACUCUUUAAAGAGACACAACUUUUUUCAUACAGUCAUGGAAGCCUGAAAAAAGAUAGGUUGCUUUAAUGAACAGAAUGGUAUUGAGCUCAUGUGAGGUGUGAAGCACUUUUUAAAAUAAUUUUUGAAGUGAGCACAGGUUUAAUGUACACAUUUGACAUCAGGAUUCACUGUUUACAGUUUAAUCUGUUGACUUUGGAAGCUUAUAUCUUUUAUUUGGCUAUACAAAUCAAUCACUGAGAAAUCAUAAACAUGGCUAUCUUUAUCAUUACAAUGUUCUCACUUUAUAAUGCUGUCAGACAUACAGUACUCUUGAAUUCUUUGAGCACAGUGAGAACUGAAAUAUUGGUCCAUGCAUAGAGUUACAAUUAUUACUGUAGAUAAUGGGGAAAUGAUUAACAAGUGUUCUGUUUCCAUUUCUGGUAGAAAUUUGCCCAAGGAGUCAGGGGAUAGACUACUCCUGUUUUUAGUAUCAAAUAUGACAAAGAGAUUCACUGCCAUUUUAAUCAACUUUCAGACUGAGUAUAGCAGAAUGGAAAUGAAUAUUUGAUUUCACUAUUCUGGUUAUUUAUAUAUGUGUGUGUGUGUGUGCGUGCGCGUAUGUGCACGUGUACACAUGCAAAGGCAAAUACCAAGUAACAUCAUUCGAUGGAAUGAAAUAUUGCAUUUUUGAAUAACAUUGCAGCUUAACUGAAGUCCAACUGAUUUUACUAACAUUAUUUCUUACUAACACUUGUUGUAAGCCAAAAGUGAGAUGUAUUGUUUAAAAACACUUCAGAAUUAUUUCUAACUUUGUGAAUUAAAUUGUACCAAUUGACAGAAUGAUCCUAAAAAAUCUAACUCAAAAGCAAGUCAAACUAUUGCUCGCCAAAUUGUUUUGUGUAUCGGUGGUCUGCUUGGGGAAGAAACGGUUCUCCCCAAUGCUAAUUUGAAUGCAAGGAGUAAACUCCAUACCUGUAAUCCCAGCAAUUUGGAUACCGAAAUUAUUCUUGAAUGUAUAAUUCAUAUCAAGUAACAGGCCAUACAACUUUUCUUUCGAAAUAAUAUACAUAGUUAAUACUUGAACUGAUAGGGUCAAUAUGACCCACAGAUCUUUGUUUAAUUCCUAAUGAUAACUAACAAUCCAUUAAUUCAACCAUUAAAAAUGAAACAAUGUAGCAUUUACUAAAAUAGUUGAGGACUAAAUGAGAAUUGAGAAACAUUCUAGAACGCCGUGAGGUACUCUCAUAAUUUUUUUCUGUGUAAACAUAAAAGCAUAUCAACUGAUGAGAAUUAGUACAGUUUUAAUGAAUGUGUCCACUGUUUAAUCUUUCAUUCAUAUAACAGGUUUACAUAUUAAUUAAAUUUAGGUGAGCAUGAGCACUGACACACAAGUGUCUUGAUGCUAUAGUAAUCUUCAUGAAAACUUCAUACUAUCAUUCACAGACUACUACUUCCAGCAGCAAAUAAAUCUUAAAACUGAUUCUUAUUUAAGCAACAAAAUGCAAGCAUUCUAUAUAUCUAGUAACAUAUAUGCAAGUAAGGAGAAUUGGGUUUUAUUUCCGUAUUAUUAAUCUUGCAGUUGAAACAAACAUGCUAGUCCAAUGAGGGUAUUGGAAUUCAGAAAAUAAAUGGCUGUUUAUCUAUAGCACUGGUAAAGGUGUUGUAUAACAUUUUGUACAAAACAAAGCUGUGAGUAGCUUUCUACCUCUAAUAUUUAGCUACAACUUGCUGUCUGUCCCUAGCUAUAUUAUAGUUUCAACAAAAAAUCCAUAAAUGUUGCUUAAUUGCGUUAUUAUGUAAGUUUACUUUGGCAUAUGUUUUGUAUGAUACAAUUUAACAAUGCUCAGGAAUAAAAAUUCUGCAAACAAAAUAUAGAUUUUUAUUGAUGGGCAAAAGUGAUUGUGAAAUGGAAAAAAAACUAAUAAAGGAAUACUAAAUCAA